CAGCUUGCGUCAUGAAAGGAGCUGGACUUUUUUGGCUUUUAUCUUGCAUACUAGGCAUUCAAGGACUGUCGACUUCUCCACGGAUAAUAUGCAGGAAUGAGAGAGAAGGAGAUGAAUGGCAUCCAAGGCUGACGUAUAAAUUGGAAGAACUCUAUAAGUCCCAAAUAUCAAACACGACUAUUGCCUUGCCCUACAUAUCGUCUGCAUUGAGAAUGGCAGCUUGUGUUACACCAGACCCCUGCUUGAACGGAGGGGUGCGUGUCGUAGAGGGCGGUGUUUAUCGAUGUGUGUGUCUCGGGAAUCACGUGGGACAAUACUGUCAAUCUUGCAGAUCAGUUUUGGAGGAGGAUUUCCCAAGUGCUGUGGUACCACACCCUACCGCUAACCUUGCUGGCAUAACCCGAUUGUCGUUCAAAAUACGAGGAAGUCACAGUUUUGGGUCUCAUUUAAUGAUCCGGUUCACAUCCAAGGGGCAUGUCUUAGCAGGAUUCUGCGUUGGUUCUUUGAAACGUGUUACCAUGAGAGUGUAUGUGGCGGGCGGAAGCAGUAGAUCUGACCUUGUAUCUGCAACACAAUUUUCCGGUCACGUCGAUCUUCACUGUGAUCGUUCAGAGUUUGAUUCUUUUUGGAUCGAACAAACCGACAGCCAUUUCCAGCUGGGGCUUGGCGGGAAAUCUACUCCAUUUUUGAAGACCCAAUGGAACAGGAAAGAGACCUGGUCUUCCGUGGGCGUGAGCGGACCUCAGGGUACAGAAUGGAUCUUAGAUCAUCCUUGCCGCCGAUAA